GCUUCCUCGAAUAUAAUCCCUCUCUAAAACCCCCCAGCUUGUACCCUCGCCCUUUUUCCGCCUCCAUCAGAAAACCGCAGCAGCCUCAUCGCGCAAAACCUAGAUACGCCAUGGGCGGUGGCCAGAAGCGAGGGCGAACUCAACGGAGACACUUCAAGCAGAACAGAGACAACGUAUGGAAGCACAACAGUAACCCUAAAAAGACUCGACCCGACGACGGCACGAACAACGAUCCAAACUCCAAUCCCGAUUCCAUCCCUAAUCAGAAAUGGGAACCUUUCAUCUCUCAAAAUCCUGGAUUUGAGGAAUACUACAAGGUGCAAUGCAUUGUGUCAACAGAAGAGUGGGAGGAGUUCAUGUCUUUGUUGAGAAAGCCACUGCCAGCUGCAUUUAGAAUCAAUUCUAGUGCCCAGUUUUAUCAAGACGUCCGAAUGCAGUUGGAAAAUGACUUCAUGAAAUCCCUGGAGGCGGAGGCUAAUAAUGAGCAUGAAAGUGAAGCUAUCAGACCAUUGCCUUGGUAUCCUGACAAUCUUGCUUGGCAUUUGAAUUUUUCCCGGAUGCAGCUACGGAAAAACCAAACACUUGAGAGAUUCCAUGAGUUCUUGAAGCAAGAGAAUGAGGUUGGUAAUAUUACCAGGCAGGAGGCUGUUAGCAUGGUUCCUCCCUUGUUCUUGGAUGUGCUACCUCAUCACCAUGUCCUUGACAUGUGUGCAGCUCCAGGUUCGAAAACUUUCCAGUUGCUUGAGAUAAUACACCAAACAAAGGAACCUGGACUACUUCCAGACGGACUGGUGAUAGCAAAUGAUGUAGAUGUCCAGAGAUGCAAUCUUCUCAUUCAUCAAACUAAGCGAAUGUGCAGUGCCAACUUGAUAGUGACAAACCACGAGGCACAAUACUUCCCUAGUUGUUCUUUAAAUAAGUGUUCCGUAGAGAUUUCUGAAGAAGAAAAAGGGGAGCUAGGAAAAAGUGUUCUGCAGUUCGAUCGUGUUUUAUGUGAUGUACCAUGCAGCGGUGAUGGCACUUUGCGGAAGGCUCCAGAUAUCUGGCGGAAAUGGAAUGCAGGAAUGGGUAAUGGCCUUCAUCGCCUUCAGGUGGAGAUAGCUAUGCGGGGGAUAACACUGCUAAAAGUGGGUGGAAGAAUGGUUUACUCAACCUGCUCGAUGAAUCCUGUGGAAAAUGAAGCUGUUGUGGCUGAGAUUCUUCGGAGAAGUAAGGGGACAGUCGAGCUUCUUGAUGUGUCAAGUGAACUUCCUCAAUUGGUCCGUCGUCAGGGUCUCAAAACAUGGAAGAUCCGAGACAGAGGUCUUUGGUUAGCUUCUUAUAAAAUUGUCCCAAAAUAUAGAAGGGGUGUGAUUUUGCCAAGUAUGUUUCCUUCUGAUGAAAACUGCGAUGAGGUGGAGGUGUCAAAUGAUGGUGCACAGGAGGAUUUGAUGGCACUUGACAGUAAUAUUGGGGGAGAAAGUAUUUCGGGCACCAUAACUCAGCCUUCAAGCGAGAUAGAGAAUGAAAAGAACAGUGAGAAUUUGGAAAAUAUUGGGACUUCUGCUGAUGAUGACAAAGCUGCAGUUCAAACAGAAGCUUCUAAUGGAAGUGCGUCUGCGGAGGCCAUAGGGGAUGAUUCCAAAGUUGAAGUCUCAAGAUUUCCACUUGAACGGUGCAUGAGGAUAGUUCCUCAUGAUCAAAAUAGUGGAGCAUUUUUUAUUGCUGUUCUUCAGAAGACUUCUCCUUUGAAGGAGGACUAUAAAAACCAGUCAAGUAAAAAUAUAUGCAAGAUUUCAAGAAACAUGAGCAAGAACCUUCUGGACGAAGAUCAGUCGGGAACAAAGCUAUCUGGAGAUGUGCCUCAUGAUCAAGAACCUGUUACGACAGAACAAGCAUCUGAUGACAGUAAAAUGGACAAGAACCAAUUAGCAGCAUUAGGAUCUAAAGAUGUUGGGUCAGAAGAUAAUAAGGAAAAAGAAAAGGAAGAAUGUGACAAUGGGGAGAAAGGCCAUGCAGAAUUGAAUGGAAGUAAAGGGAGAUUACAAACACAAGGCAAGUGGAAAGGAGUUGAUCCUGUCUUAUUUUUCAAAGAUGAAGCAACUAUCAACAGUAUUCGAUCUUUCUAUGGCAUAAGUGAAUCAUUUCCUCUGGAGGGCCAUCUUGUAACCAGAAACCAUGAUGCUAAUCAUGUUAAGAGGAUUUACUAUGUAUCAAAGUCCGUUCAUGAUAUCCUCCAACUAAAUUUUCAAGCUGGACAGAAGCUUAAGAUAACUUCCCUUGGCUUGAAGGUUUUUGAGAGACAAGGGUCCAAGGAUGGCACAUCACCAUGUUUUUUCCGGUUAUCCUCAGAGGGAUUACCUCUCCUGCUUCCGUACAUCAGCAAACAAAUACUCUCUGCAUCUUUAGCUGAUUUCAGGCAUCUAUUACAGUACCGAACUAUCAAAUUUGCUGAUUUUGUUGACGCUAAAUUUGGUGAGAAGGCUUCAGAACUGAUGCCAGGCUGUUGUGUUGUAAUUCUUGGUGAAGGAAAAGGAUCUGCAGAUAAAGUUGAAGUCGAUGCCUCUACGAUUGCUAUUGUGUGUUGGAAAGGAAGAACAAACUUGUGCAUUAUGGUUUCUGAACUGGACGGCAAAGAACUGCUUGAGAGGCUUUCAGCACGUUUUGGGCGUGAAAAAGGUUCGGCUCGAGAAGAAGAAAAGAAUGGAGAUUUAGUGAUUGAUACAGUAGAGAACCAGGAACUUGGCGAACUAAAUGAAGAAGCCAAGGACAUAGAUGAGUCGAAAGCAGUUAGCGAGGAAACUGUUACGAGCUAAAUCAAGGAAAGUUGAUUUACUGAUUCUUGAGCUGUUGCAAUACUAGAAUUCCCUGGUAAUUGAGCUAUUUUAUUUAAUUUGUAUGCACAGCAAGGGAUACUGAUUUGUAUCCAGUAUUUUGGUGACAAAUGUGGGUAUCUAUAAUUUGUUUCUCUCUACUUUGUAGUACUGAAGUUUAGAUUAUUCAAAGUAUACUUUUUUAGUAGAA